CGAAAUUUUCUGAUGAGAUUUGAUGAAAUUUUCUGAAGGGCUUUGAUGAAGUUUUCUGAUGAGAUUUGACGAAAUUUUCCACAAAGUCUACAAAUGUUUGUUUCUCUCAAUGUUUUGGUUUGUGAAGCCCUUUUAGGUUCUUGUGAUUCAAACGGAUGGAUCUUCAAGUUGAAACUUGACGUUGUCAACAAAUAACGUGUGAGUGACAUCUGCUGUCAAGUUAGCGUCGAUGGCCUUUUAGUUUCUGUUUUUGUCUUUCAGCCUCGCUCGGCCGAUCCGAGGCCAGCUGACCUGCGAGCUACCGGAGAGCCGAGAGCAGGUGAUGACGUUCCAAGUAUUUUGACUUCUGACUUUGGAAAGGUCCAGAGGUGUUGUAAUUGUGACGCGUUGGACGCAUGGUGAUGCGGGUUUCGUUCUCCCAAGGAUGCACUCGGGCUUCGGACACAGCGUGCAGACGCCAAAUGUCUGACAGAAGAUUUUCUCAGGACGACGAUGCCGCCUCACUCUUGUCCAAGCUCGGUUCUGACUCUCCUCGGCCCAGGAUGAAAUAUGGCGGCAUGUUCUCCAGUGUGGAAGGAGCUUUUGAGAACAAAACACUGAACUUUGAGUCGUUCAGCCCACGGACGCAGCGCCGCAGAUCUGAUCGCACAGGAGACGCACCAAGAGAAAGCCAAGCGACUGCGGUGGUCCUUUCUGGACACAUUCGGGACGAAAUCGAGGGCAACCAUCUGAUCAUAAAAGGAGGAAAGAUUGUCAAUGAUGACCACUCGUUUUACGCUGAUGUUUACAUCGAGGACGGAACCAUCAAACAGAUCGGGCAGAACUUGAUCGUUCCUGCGGCUGUGAAGACGGUCGACGCUUCCGGUCAGCUGGUCAUCCCGGGAGGAAUCGACGGCAACACCAAUUUGUACGCCACCCAGAAAGGCCUCAAUCCUUCUGAUGACUUCUACCAGGGGACGAGGGCGGCACUGGCUGGGGGAACCACCAUGAUCAUUGACCAUGUUCUGCCGGAGCCAGGCAGUAGUCUGCUGUCAGCGUUUGAGACAUGGAGGGAAGCUGCUGACCAGGAGGCAUGCUGUGACUUCUCCUUCCACGUGGAUGUCACGCGCUGGCAUGAUGGACUCUAUGAGGAGCUGGAGACUCUGGUCAAGGACAGAGGUGUGAACUCCUUCCUGUUUUUCAUGAGCUACAAGGACAGAUACCAGAGCUCGGACUCAGAGCUUUAUGAGGCUUUCGGUGUCAUCAGGGACUUGGGCGCUGUUGCCCAGGUACACGCAGAGAAUGGGGACAUUAUUGAGAAGGAACAAAAGCGGAUCCUGAGUCUUGGCAUCACGGGACCUGAAGGACAUGUCCUCUCUCAACCUGAAGAGUUGGAGGCCGAGGCCGUCAACCGAGCUGUGACUCUUGCAAAACGAACCAACUGCCCGCUUUAUGUCACAAAGGUGAUGAGCAAAUCUGCUGCCGAUGUGAUUGCCAAAGCCCGGAAAAAAGGGAUUGUGGUGUACGGGGAGCCAAUCACAGCCAGCCUGGCAGUGGAUGGCUCUCACUACUGGUCCAAAGACUGGGCUACAGCUGCCGCCCUCGUCAUGAGCCCGCCUCUCAACCCUGAUCCCUCAACCCCGCAGUACCUCGGCUCUCUCUUGGCAUGUGGGGACCUGCAGGUGACCGCCAGUGCUCAAGCGAGCUUCUCCACUGCUCAGAAGGCUGUGGGUAAAGAUGAUUUCACCCUAAUACCAGAAGGAACCAACGGAAUUGAGGAGAGGAUGUCGGUGGUUUGGGACAGAAUCUGCACUGGAAAGAUUGAUGAGAAUGAAUUUGUCGCCGUGACCAGUACCAAUGCUGCGAAACUCUUCAACAUUUACCCUCGCAAAGGACGAAUUGCUGUGGGGUCCGACGCCGACAUCGUCGUUUGGAACCCGAAAAACACUAAAACUGUUUCUGCAAAAACACACAACUUGACCGUGGAGCUGAACGUCCUCGAGGGUUUGGAGUUUCAAGGUGAUGCCUCGGUGGUGAUCUGUAACGGUCGAGUUGUUCUAGAAGAUGGAAAACUCAAUGUGACCCAAGGGUCAGGCCGCUUCAUUCCCAGGAAAGCGUUUCCUGAUACUGCGUACCGGAGGAUCAGAGCUCGCAGCGAGAUGCUCAACAAUCAAGGUGUUUCUCGUGGCGUCUAUGAUGGUCCAAGCCUUGACGUAGUGACUUUGAACAAAUCAAUGACCACCAAAGGGCCCCCUCGCUCUAAAAUACAGAUAUGCCCCAGAAACCUCCAUCAAUCAGGAUUUACUUUAGCCGGAGGUCAGAUUGAUGAUCAUAUUCCUCGGCGGUCUGUUCAGAGGAUUGUAGCGCCACCCGGUGGACGAUCCAACAUCACAUCUCUGUCCUAAAAAAAAAAAGACCAUUGCUUGAAGUGUUUAACUUCAAACCAUUUGAAAGCAUGCACUUAGUGAACAUGGAGUUACAAACUAACUACUAACCCUUCCUUUUUCUACAAAUCCUUUCCUGGGAUCUAAUUCUCCAAAAGCUAAUCCUGAUCGACUUCUUCCAUCGACUUAUGUUAUUUUGUUCUUACCCACUUCUGAGGCCCCUAGAAAAUUAAAAAAUCCUAAUGCAUUUCAAACUUACACCACAUUAAAAACAUGUACAAACCCCGUUUCCAUAUGAGUUGGGAAAUUGUGUUAGAUGUAAAUAUAAACACAAUACAAUGAUUUGCAAA